AUGAUCCAGCCACUCGUAGAAGAAGAAGAUGAAGAGGACGACGAGAUGGACACGUUGGAGCAAUUGGAACCACUGACCCAAAGUACAAUGAUGACAGUGGUUGAGCUCGAGCAUAUGAGUCCCAUGCGUCCCCGACAGCAUUUGAUACGACGGUCCUCGAGUGCUGUAGAACGAGUGACAAUGCCAUCAACUAAAGAAGAAGUGGAAGAUGGAGGAGACAAGUCACUGCGACCGAGGUUUUUACAGGAGCGGUCGGCUACUAUUGUCCACAUCACGCCUCAAGUGGCUGAACCUGUUCGCGCACCACGGUCGAAAGCUAGUGCUUUUCUGUUAGAUGUGUUAGCGAAGUCAAGAGGGACCACAGCCGUGGAAGUCGGACGAUUACCACUUGAACCGAUACGCUCUGGAGUGACCAACAAAGUUCAUUAUGUCCCUCAGCACGAAGGAGAACGAGGAAUACCGCUGCGAAAGACAGGAAAGAAUCGUCGUCUUGGAAGGAAGGUGUCGAUUGGCACGUCGUCAGACUUGAUGGGGAGUGGAAAACCCGAGAGAACGAGAGAACGUCGUGUUAGUGCGAGUCAAGAGCACAUGACUGCGAUUGUUCGAGCGCUUCAAGCUAGCAAGCAACAAAUGCAAGCGCAGCUGGACAUUCUGCAUAGUCUUCUUCGUUUUAUCAAUUCCAGUGCAAGGGAUGAGCAUGGACAGCGACCAGUACUCAAGGAAAUGGUGGAUGUGGGAAUUAUACCCGAGCUGGCAAGUACCAUGCGCGAAUUUCGCUUUAAUACGUCCUUGCAGGUCUGUGUGAUGACCAUUUUGUCAGCGCUGGUGGAAGAAUCACCACUUUAUGCGUAUAUGAUGAGUGAGUUCAACCUGGAAAAACUACUUCAGAAAACUGUUACUGUCCAUGCUACACAAGACCGAGUCGUGAUGUUGGCGUCGAACUUAGUUCGUGCAAUUGAAGAUUCCAAACACACUGUCAACAUCCCUGCCUACCUAGCAGAGAAGGCAGCAAAAGCAAGUCAACAAUCCUCAACUUACACGGACACAGUAGUUGCAGCGAUUACUGCGAAGCCGAGACAAUCGUUCUCGUCUCCGUCUCCAACUGCGAAAUCUGCUCGAAGUCUAGCUUUGAUCAGUAAUGCCAGUUCUUCGGAGAAGAGAGGGCUUGAAAUGGAGAAUAUCAAUUUUAAGCAGUCAGCAGGACGACAACGUCAGGCGUUUUCACUCGACUUGGCUCCACCAGCGCUGAAUGCGAACUACCGUUUGUUGACUUCACAAAAAUUGAAAAAAGCAGAAGAUCUGCAACUACCAGCCGAUAGUAAAAAAAUUCUCACAUUCUCUGGGAAUCAUCAAGACAGACGGGAUCGUCCAUUGACAAGCUCGACAAGAAAGCCUUUACCACUUGAUUUGACGUCUCGGUCUCUUGCGACAGCAAUUUACUCUGGUGGAUCAAUAUUUGUGGAACCAUCGCCGCUAUCCAAGAGGUUGUCAUUCCGAGGAAGCUUUAGUGCCGGAGGUGUUCGGAGGAAGCUUAGUAUCCCGAAAAAUAUUCAACGAGCACACACUGAGCGAUUACCUCCGACACAAAUUUCAAAUAAUUGGAGCCCUGCACAGACAUUUGAAGAAUCAGCGGUAUCUUCACGUAUAAAAUCAAUGGAUGUAGAGACUUCACUAGCUAAGGACAAACCUAUCGUGACCGAUACAAAAGAAAGUGACGAAUAUGCAGAAGGUGAAAUUUCAGUUAAGAAUCAAGAGAAAGAGGAGAGUAAUGAAAAAGAAGAAAGUGGAAAAGAAGAAGAGGAUGAGUCAUAUGAAGACGAUUUUGAUACUACUGGUGACGAUGCAGACGAAGUCAAAUCGAUGCCAAGUCGUCAAGGCAGCAGCCAACUUGGAUCGGAUGGCGAGCUCAUAGAUAUGCUAACCGAAAUCAAUGCGGCCACGACCAUACAGUGUCAUGUUCGGGGACUAUUGGUUCGUCGGGAAUACGCUAAUAAAAAUGAACCUAGCAAAAACGCAGAGCCAGGACUUGGAAAAAAGGCUUCGCGGGUGGCCAGUGGUGGCAAAAGUGGAAGGCGGGGUUCUAAAACCAAAGGAAUCAACGGAAAGCGCGCAUCAUUCUCUGCCAGACACCUUCAAAAUCACAGUACCAGGAAGCUUGAAAGUUUGCGAACUGAAACUGGAAUCCGAUCGGCAACACGAACAAGGCCUGCGACUGCAGUUUCUCCAAGACCUUUUACGUCACACCAACAGAUUUUGAAUUCGAAGCAAGGCAGUGUGAACGAUGGCAUCGGUGUAAGACAACGAGCCGCAAACCUUAAUGAUCUACAGCGAGGUUCAAACAGGCUAUCACAUCAAGGACCUUCAAUGUCCAAGCAAGUCUUUUCGUCUACACGUAGUUUGAAUGAAGUCGAACCCGAGCACAAGACGGGAGAAUCUGACGUGGCGAACGAACCUCCCGAUCCCGAAUCAUUGAAACAAAUCCAGACAUUGUACGCCGAAGGCUUGCAGCACCACAAAGAGAACCACCUCGGCCUUGCUAUCGAUUGCUACGAGAAAGCGUUAGCCCUUCCUGGUGGACAGAGUUUUGCCUCUCUUCAUGUAAAUCUAGGAUCUGCGUUGAUGGCCCAGACCAAAUUUCCAGAAGCGCUCGAGUCGUUCAAACAGGCCAAGCGCAUUCAGCCCAACAACGUCAAAGCGAUCUACAAUUAUUCAGUAGCCUUACUACACUUGGAUCGACCGCAAGAAGCGCAGCAUCUGUUACGCCGCAUUCUGGAGCUGGAUCCGACUCACGAGAAGGCUACCAUCGCGCUAUCUCAUCUACGAACGCACGUAGGCAGAUAG